AUGACUGUUGUGAAAUUGUCAGCGUAUGCAAGUGUUUCUGGUGUACCGAGCGCAAUAGACGAGGAGCACAGGCUACUACCCUAUUCGGAUGAUAGCGCUGAUGAAUCCAACACAUGUCUCCUGGCAGCUGUGCGUAGAAGCAGUGAACCCGGGCCUGAAAGUGUACUUCAAAUUGCCAGCACAUGUGUGGUGAAUCCUGAGCAGGCGCUAUCCCUAGGUAGUAUAAUUAGAUUAAAGCAUUAUAGGCGAUCUAAUUGCGAUGCGCCAGUUCCAAGGGCCGCCGGGAUGGCACGAUGGUCUUAUGUGGAACGAUCACCUGAAAUCAAUACGGAGCGAUCAUCUGAAAUCAACACGGAGCGAUCAUCUGAAAUUAACUCAGAGCGAAGAAGGAGGCGGAGCCAGAGCUUCAGCCACCUACGAGAUGUCUUGGUGCGGUCAGUCACAGGCAAAACAAAAGACGCGUCAUGA